AUGAUCCGGUACCGUAGGUCUUCUCCCCUGUCGCCCCUGAAGUCCCAGCGCUAUGAGACCGUCUCAGAACGCCUCAGCCAACUCACAGAAGCCUUAGGUGAGUUUGAGAGCAUUCAAAUACGAGGCAAAUCUCUAGAUUGGAAGAUGCUCAUGAACAUCACCUGUGGGAUAGCUCGGGGACUUCUAUAUCUACAUGAGGAUUCUCGCUUGAGAAUUAUCCACGGGGAUCUAAAAGCCAGCAAUAUUUUGCUGGAUGGUGAGAUGAAUCCAAAGAUAUCCGAUUUCGGAAUGGCGAGGAUCUUUGAUGUAAAUCAAGACGAAGCCAACACAAACAGGGUUGUUGGAACCUAUGGAUAUAUGGCACCGGAGUAUGCGAUGGAAGGACUCUUUUCUGUUAAAUCAGACGUCUUCAGUUUUGGAGUUCUCAUGCUAGAGAUGAUAAGCGGGCGAAAGAAUAGCGGUUUUCAUCUCCAAGAGCAUGGUGAAAGCCUUCUCACCUUGCUUGGAAGUUGUGGUCCGAAGGUGGAGGGUUGGAACUUACCGAUCCGUCAAUCAAAGAGUCAUGUGAUGUAG